CCUACGAGCUGGCCGCUUGAGGGGGUGUCGGCGUCUCUUUCUUUUUCUGAGGCUGGUGCAAGCUUCGCGUGUCGUCCGUUUCCUGGACGACUGGGCUGCGUGCUCCAGGUCAGACAGAAGGGCAGGAGGACGGGCGAAGCAAGGCCUUUUCUGAGGUUUGGCUGAGCAGAGCCUUCCUGAGUGUCCGCUGGGCUCUAGAACUCGGGGUUGCGGCUUGUCCACACUUGAGUUUCCUCAGGCUCAUAGAAAGUCUUUUUAAGAAAUACUGACUCCCAGGCCCUUCCUCAGACUCGUUAGUGGAGGUGUUAGGACUGCGUUGACUGGACUUCCAAAGAGCUUCCGUCUCUGGCCUGUUGGAGAAGCAGCAAGGAGAUCUUGACGGCAUUAUUGUUGGGGCUGUUAGGGGAAGAUCCACCCCCAACAGCGCCAGCAUCUCCCCGGCAGACUGACCCAUCCUCUGGCCCUCACAGGGGUUUUGCAGAGGCUGAAGAGUAGUUGUCUAGCUGAGUUGUGACUGGCUACAGAUGCGGAGGAGCUCCUGGUGGCAGCUGGAAUUAAAAGGCCUGAAGAUCAUACUUCAGGAGAUUGCAGUAGAGUGAGGCCUGAGAUUUUAGGGUGUAUCCAGUUCUCACUGAAUACUGGGCCCACUGAGCGUGGGGCCCACACUCCUGAAGAAAACCCACCUCAGUCCAGGUCUUCAUUCACAGCCCAAUGGCAGUCCCAGCAGCCCUGGCAGGACUCCAGGCAGAAGCCAACUGUCCCGUCUGUCUGGAUUACCUCAGAGACCCUGUCACCACCGAAUGUGGGCACAACUUCUGUCGCUGCUGCAUCCAGCGGUCCUGGGCUGAUUUCAAGGACAGGUUCCCGUGCCCUGUGUGCCGUCAUGCAUGCCAGGAGAGGCACUUGAGGAGCAACACCCAGCUGGGAAGGAUGAUUGACAUUGCCAAGCUCCUCCACAUCACCAGGACCAAGAAGAGGAGGCCGGAAGAGAAACAUUUGUGUGAGAAGCACAACCAGGUCCUGACCCUUUUCUGUGAGGAGGACCUCGAGGUGUUGUGUCCCAAGUGCACACAGCCCCCUGACCACCAGGGCCACUUGGUGAGGCCCAUGGUGGAGGCUGCCUCUCAUCACAGGCAGAGGCUCAGCCGUUACAUUGAGCCCUUGAAGAAGCAGAUGGAAAAUGUUCAGAAAUUAAUAAACAUUCAAAGCAAAAAACCCUUAGAGCUGAAAGAGAAGGUGGAAAAUCAAAGGCAGGAAUUACUCUCUGAAUUUGAGUGCUUGAAGCAAUUUUUAGACCGUGAUCAAGAAGCCGUUCUUCUGAGGCUAGCUGAUGAAGAGAAAGACAUUCAGCAGAAACUCAGUGCGAACAUCACCGCAUUUUCAAACUACAUCUCCAUACUCAGAGGUCUGCUUAGUAAAGUAGUUGAGAACAGUGUGCUGUCUGAAGUGGAAUUGCUGUCACAAAUUAAAAAUUUCUACAGGAGGUCUGAGGAUGAGAUCAGUCCAUCAAUUUUCUCAAUCCAGUUAAGAAGGGAAGGCUGCAGCUUUCCUCCCCAGUAUUCUGCUUUGCAGAAAAUUAUAAACAAAUUUAGAGUAGACAUUACCCUAGACCACGAGACGGCACACCCCAACUUGAUUGUCUCAGAGGAUAAGAAAUACGUGACGUUUUCGAAGAGAAAACAGAAUGUUCCUCAUUUUCCAAAAAGGUUUACAGCCAACACAGUUGUCCUGGGUUUUCCAUAUUUUUACUCUGGCAGGCAUUACUGGGAGGUAGAAGUGGGAGACAAAUCUGAAUGGGCUGUGGGGAUUUGCAAAGACUCACUCCCCCCUAAGGCCAGGAGAUCUCCGCAGCCCUGGCAGGGCUGCUGGGUGAUUCAGCGGCAGGAAGAUCGCUAUGAGGUGGUGGGAGCCACGGCAACCGUGCUGCUUUUGGCUGUGAACCCCAGAGGCAUUGGCAUUUUCUUGGACUAUGAGCUGGGUGAGAUCUCAUUUUAUAACAGGACUGAAAAAUCUCACAUCUAUACUUUCACUGACACUUUUACUAGACCUCUUAGGCCUUAUUUCUAUGUAGGACCUGAUUCAAAACCUCUCAGGAUCUGUAUGGGGACAGAUUGUGAGUGAAAACUGCCUGGAUCAUCUUAGUAGUUAGUUUUCAAGAAUGGAAGGUGGAUGGGCUAGUGUAUUAAUAUGUCAGUAAAGCUAAUUUUCCACUUCCCCCAGUUUUUUUUCUUCUCAUUUUAAUCCAAGAAGAAAGUUCUAUUUUGUUUCACCAGUUCUCUAGAAAACAGUAAUGCCUCUCUCCAGGAAUAAAGGGGUUUGCUGGGUCUGUGGGUGAUAAGUUUAUCAGAGUGUAGAUGGAGUUUGCAAGGGAUUAAUAACCAAAACAACUGGUCACCUUAGCCUCAGCUCUGAACUUGUGCUAUUAAAACAUUGUGCUCAGGGAAUGUGGGUGGCUUAGUCAAGCGGUUGCCUUCCACUCAGGUUUUGAUACCACAGUCCUAGAAUCAGGCCCUGCCUCGGCCUCCCUACUCAGGAGGGAGUCUGCUUCUCCCUCCUCUCCCUUUGCCUGCUGUUCUGCCUACUUGCAAGAUCUGUCAAAUAAAAAAGUCUUAAAAAAACAAACUGCUCUUGCUGCCAUGUACAAGUUGUGUACUAGACAGGAGCCAAUUGUAACCUUGGUUUUCUCUAAGCACUCAGUUUGAAGGGGUUGGGGGUGGGCAUCAGAGAGAGCCUUUAACAUACCAGGGUUUGACAGCUUUUCCCCUUACCCCAAGGAGCCAGCUGCUGGUGGCACUUGCUACAUCUGCUUUCUUAGAAACCCUUUACAUAGUUUUCAUUUCAUUCUAAAUUUCCUCCCCCCUUUUUUAAAAGAUUUUAUUUAUUGAGAGAGCACA